UGACGGACAUACGGCACACCCAGUCGGGCCACAGAAGCCGAAACAGGAGUUCUUUUGGUCCAACAGACAGUGCUUGAGGAACAUGAAGAUUCUUGUAGCAGCUAUCUGGGCAGUGACUAUCGGAGUCAACGCUCAGGUUGGGCCCUCAGGAAUCGUCAGCCCUGAUGGUGUCAAUACCCAGUUCACCCCUGAAUUUGCCAACGGCAUCGUACUAGUUGGACCUUCGGGGAUCGUGACAAAAUCAGGUUCUAACCGUCAGCUCACCCAUGGAGAGGCCACCCUCAAUGAUGUUAUUCCACCAGCAGCCACGCCCGUCCCAGUCGCCAAGUUCCUCAGCAGCCCAAGAGGAGUCAUUGGACCGUCUGGAAUUGUCAGACCCGAUGGAAACAACAUCCAGUUCACAGAUGACCUGGCCAAUAAUAUCCUCUUGGUAGGACCGUCUGGCAUUGUAACUAAGGAUGGAAACAACAUCCAGUUUACAGAUGACCUCCAGUUAGUACACCGAGUGAGACGUAACUCUGGGCUGGUAUCUGCCAAAGGAAACAUCGGCCAUUCAGGAAUCCUCAGAGCUGAUGGCUCCACUGACCUUUUCAGCCUUGACCUAGCCCAUGAUAUCCUCCUCAUUGGACCAUCUGGCAUUGUGACCAAGUCUGGUAGGAACCUCCAACUAACUGACGACCUAAGAAUUGUGAACCCACGUUCCAGAAGAUCCCUGGAAGGAGCUCUUGUGGGAUCAUCCGGUAUCAUUACAAAAUCUGGACAACUGAUUCAGUUGGAACCUGGUGUCUCAAUUGUCCAGGCUGGGCCAUCUGGUGUGGUUCUUUCAAAUGGCAGAAAUAUCCAGUUCACUGAAUGAUUUCUACUAUUAAUCUCAUUUCUUGUUUAUAUUAAUGUUUCAAUUCAUUCUUUGUCUUCUUCAAAAGUGUGUAAAAAAAAUCCUGUGCAAUAAAAAACACUUUAUA